CUCUUUUGAUUGCAGGCAAGUAUUGUGAAAAUAAAUGGUAAAAAUUAAAAGAUGUCCCACUGACUUUACUUGGAGUUUACUUCCAACACCAACAGCAUUUUGCUAUUCACAAUUCAUUUGUUUCCUACAGCCAUCUCCACUCAUCAAAGCAAAACCAAUCUCUCAUCUUUCUCUUCCUUUCUUUCUUUCCUUUUUUUUUCCCCUUCAUUUGUUGCAUUUCUGAAAAUGGCUGAGGCCUUGCUUGAAAUUGUGCUGACGAACUUGUUCCCUUUGGUCCAGAGUGAAUUUGCAGCCUUUUUUGGAAUCAAGGAAAAGGCUGAAGAGCUAUCAAAAAAUUUAGAACUGAUCAAAGCUUUUCUUGAUGAUGCCGAGGAGAAACAAUGGUCAGAUCGUUCACUGAAGGUGUGGCUGCAGCAGCUUAAAGAUGCAAUGUACGAGAUGGAUGACAUCCUUGAUCAGUUGCCUACUGAAUCCUCUCAACUUGGGUGCUUAACUUCUUUGAACCCAAAGAAGGUGAUUCAUCAGCGUGAGCUUGGGAAGAAGUUGAAUGAGAUAAUAGGGAGGUUGGAUCGAAUUGCUCAACGUAGGAGCAACUUUGAUCUUAGACAAGUUGUGAGGGAAAGGCCAAGUGAAGCAGCUGAAUGGCGCCAAACAAGCUCAACUAUCGCCCUUCCUCAAGUGUACGGACGAGAUGAAGAUAAAGCGAGAGUUGUGGAGUUUCUUCUUAGCCCAUCACGAAGCUUUGAGUUCCUUUCCGUCUAUCCCAUUGUUGGAUUAGGUGGUCUUGGAAAAACAACCCUUGUUCAGCUGGUCUACAACGAUCAACAAGUAGGUAACAAUUUCGAUUUGAAGAUUUGGGUGUGUGUUUCUGAGAAUUUCACUAUCAAGAGUAUCUUGCGUUCCAUUUUAGAAGCUAUCAAAAAGGAUAAGUCUGAGGUUUUGGAUUUGGAAGUAAUGGAGGAAAAAGUGAAAGAAUUGCUGCAAAGUAAAAAGUAUUUGUUGGUUUUAGAUGAUGUCUGGAAAAGAAACCAAGAAAUGGAAUUGGGAUUAACCCAAGACAAAUGGGAUAAAUUAAGAUCCGUGUUGUCUUGUGGAUCUAAAGGCUCCUCCAUUUUAGUAUCCACUCGCGAUAAUCAUGUUGCAACAAUUAUGGGAACAUGCCAACCUCAUCAUUUGUCCCGUCUAUCCGAUGAUGAUUGCUGGUCCCUGUUUAAACUGCGUGCAUUUGGAGCUGACAAAGAAGAGCGUGCAGAGCUUGUAGCAAUAGGCAAGGAAAUAGUCAAGAAAUGUGGAGGAUCACCUCUUGCAGCACUGGCUUUAGGAGGUUUGAUGCAAUCCAGAAGCACGGAAAAGGAAUGGCUUGAAGUUCAGAAAAGUAAGCUUUGGAGUUUACCGGAUGAGAAUGAUAUUAUGGCUGUCUUGAGAUUAAGCUACUCUUGUUUAACGCCAACUCAAAAGCAGUGUUUUUCUUUCUGUGCCAUAUUUCCCAAAGAUGCAGAAAUCAUGAAGCAGGAAUUGAUUUAUCUUUGGAUGGCUAAUGGAUUUAUUUCAUCACGGCCAGACUUGGAGGUGGAGGAGGUUGGCAACAUGGUUUGGAAAGAAUUAUACCAAAAAUCAUUGUUCCAAGAUGUUAGGAGUGAUGAUUUUUCUGGCGAGGUUUAUUUCAAGAUGCAUGAUUUAGUCCACGAUCUUGCUCAAUCAAUUUCAGGGCAAGAGUGUAUAUGCUUGGAGAAACAAAACCUUAAUGAUUCUUCAAUAAACCCCCGUCAUGUUGUUUUUCACGGUAUUCAUAAAAAACAUUUCAAGAAGAGAGUCUUUGAAAAAGCUGAAUCCUUGCGGACAUUGUAUCAACUGAAUUCAGAUGAAUUUCCCUUCACCUCUAGAUUGAUUCCAACAAAUAAUUCGCUUCGAGUUUUGUGCAUAUAUAGUAGAAAGAUACCAUCAUUUGGGAGUUUAAGUUGCUUGAGGUAUUUGGAACUUCGUGAUUUGGAUAUAAAGAGCUUGCCUGCUAGUAUUUGCAAUUUGCGUAGACUGGAAAUCUUGAAACUAAAAAAAUUGUCGAGUCUUCGCCGUCUACCGAAACACUUGACAAGGAUGCAAAAUCUCCGACAUCUUGUCAUUGAUGAUUGUUAUCGGCUAUCUGAAAUGUGUCCAGACAUUCACAAACUAUGUGAAUUGAGAACACUAGGUGUAUACGUUGUGAAAUCAGAGAAAGGGCAUAGUUUGGCAGAGCUACGUGGUUUGAAUCUGGGAGGAAAGCUAAGCAUCUCAGGCCUAGGAAAUGCUGGGAGUAUAUCUGAAGAUGAAAAUGCCAACUUAAAGGGUAAACAAGACCUUGGAGAAUUGAUUUUGUCAUGGAGCAAUAGUGGUAAGAGGAAGUCGGUAGUGGGAGCAGAAGAAGUACUUGAAGCGCUUCAACCUCACUCCACACUCAAGCUGUUGACCAUACAACGCUAUGAGGGAAUGCAUUGGCCAACUUGGAUGGAAAACAAUUCUGCUACCCACAAUUUAGUUUCUCUUCGACUUUACUAUUGUCGAAUGUGCGGGCAUCUUCCUCCAGUGGGAAAACUUCCAGUUCUGAAGAAGCUUUUUGUAAGUGGCAUGGAUGAUGUGCAGUACAUUGAGGAAGAUGAAAGUUAUGAUGGUGUUGAAGCAAUGCCAUUCCCAUCUUUGGAGGAAUUGGAACUGUACUACUUGCCAAACGUGGAGCGGUUGUUGAAACAGGAAACAACACACAUGUUCCCCUCUCUUUCUAUCCUCAAGAUCUACAAUUGCCCUAAACUGCAAUUGCCGUGCCUUCCAAGUGUUAAGGUCCUCAAUGUUUUGUAUUGUAGCAAUGAGCAACUGAAGUCAAUCUCUAAUCUCAACGCUCUUAAUGCACUAUGUCUUAAUCUAAAUGAUCAAGUGUCUUACUUCCCAGAAGGAAUGAUGAGCAACAUGACCUCUCUUGCAACUCUAGAGAUAUUUUCCUGCAGUGAAUUGAAGGAACUGCCAUCUGACAUCACAAAACUCACUGCUUUGUCUCAUCUACGCAUCAGUAACUGUGGUAAGCUGGAGUGUCUACCAGAACAAGGUUGGGAGGGCUUAUCUUCACUUCGAAAACUGUCAAUUGAAUUCUGUAAGAGUUUGGGAUCCUUGCCUGAUGGUUUCCGGCACUUAACUUCACUUCAAUAUUUGAAUAUUGGUGGCUGCCGAAUGUUGAAAGAGCGGUGUAAGCAAGGAACAGGGGAGGAUUGGCACAAGAUAGCACAUGUUCCCCAUGUCGAUAACUGCUGCCAGCCGCGUCCAGCUCACCGCCGUCGCAUCGCCAUCAGAAGCCAGAACCGAGUGAGAUGCGUCUGAGAGAGGAGACGAGGAAGAAGGACUACCGCCGUUUUGCCUUACUACCGUCAAACUGCUACAGCUGCCGCGCCUUGUCUCCGUCGCCGCUGAGCCUCAACUGCCGCCAUGCCAAGUAGCCGUCACUAAGGAGAGCACGGGGAGAGAGAAGGGAGAGACUUCGCGAAAGGGGAAGGAGAAUACGACAGAACUCAUCGCCGGGAAGAGGGGUAACAGUGGUGUGUUGCCGCUGCUGCUGCCGUUGCUGGGGAAGGAGGUCACCUUCGAGCUGCGCGCCACCGUCAGAGCCAUUCCUUGCUGGCGCUGUUGCUGGUCCUAUACUUCCGGUUUAAGCAUCUUAUUGGAGCUAAUGUCGCCAUCCCCAUUGUAGUUUCUGGAAAAACGCCGCCGAAUAGUGCUUUUGUUUUGGUCUAGGUCAUUUUCUUAAACUUGCAUGGUUUCCACUUUUACUCUGCUACUAUUCCAUUUAUGCUACCUUGUUUCCAUUCUGUUUCAGCCGUUGUAGCUGUGACUAUUACAAAGUUGUUGCUGCGGGAUUAGUUGGAGUUGUUGCUACUGCCUCGGUCUAAAUUCUACGUCCUUUCGAUCCAUUCUAUUCCAACCAUCUUCACCCUUUUAAUUUGGCACUCCGGUUUUAGUUUCUUCGGUCCCUUGGGACCAAGUUGUGAGUAGGCUUUACAUUUAUAAUUGUUUGGCUUUACGUCUAUAAUUAAUUGGAUAUACGGUGCUUGAACUUAGUUAUACUUACAAAGAUUAUUAUCAAAUGAUUUUAAAUUAGUUUUACUAAUUGAUUUAUUAGAACUAAAUGCUUAUUCUUGUUAAACUUAUUUUAAAUGCACAUGAGACUAUAUAUUUUUAUGAGACCAUAUGUAUGUUUGAAGAAGUUUUAUAUAAUUUUAAAGCAUUUGAUUUUAUUCGAAUAUGUAUUUUUGAAGUAUUGAAAUUUUGUUAGUACUCACUUAUUUUGGAAUUGUGAAAUAUUUUGGAAUGUCUUAAGAUUGAGAAAAUAUGAUUGAAUAUGAUUUGGAUGAGAAAUUAUUAUCUAAUUUGAUUUGAUUCGAUACCUUAUAUAUUUGAAAAACCAAAGAUUUGUUGUGUUUGAAGUUAUAUGUUUUGAAUUGGUUUGGGAGGCUCGUAUUAGAAAACCGUAGUUAACGGCGGUUAUGACGUUAACCUAGAUGCAUUUGGCUCAGACCUCAGCUAGUAGGGGCGUUGCUAGCCUAACGUGUAGGCCACACGUUGGAUCUGUUAUUCCGUACGGACACACUAGAAGAAAGGGCUACCCAUAGAGGUGGAGCUACCCAAGUGUGGACUUUUGAUUUGAUUUUUAUAUGAGAACUCCCUUAUUGAUUCACUUAUUAUUAUGAAUUAUUAUUUUCUAAUUAAAAUUAUUUUGAUAUAAUGUUUAUAUGGUCUCAUGUCGAUUAUAAAUGUAUUGUCUAAUCACUGAGUUGUAAAACUCACCCCAUUUUUCUAAAAAUAUU